UCCCUGCUGCUACCGUUCAGUUAGUUUACGUUCACCGUCCGGGACGGUUCUUCUGUUGUUCUGUUAGACCCAUCGCGUCACCACGUUCGUUCGGCGACGGUUAAGCCUGUGCCAGUACUACUGUUCAACGCUUUGUUCUGUGCUGGUGGACGUGUGUGUUGAGCAGGGCCUAGAGCACCGUCGUCGUUGCGGUUGAUUGUUCGAUAAAGUAGGCUUGCUGUCCAGUGUGUGUGCCCGUCGGUGGAGCUGCAGCCAGCAGAGCCUGCUUCGUGGUGUAAUCGCGAUUUUUGUUGGGCUUCUUCUUCUGGUCUGGUCCGGUUUAAGGCCGUUGUCGUAUCAGCGCGCCCAGUUUCUUCUGUUGUCGUCGGUAACGGUGCUUUUUGCAACGAUUUGAACUAGACGCGGCGCGUGGUUCUGUGUAGCGCUCCGGAUUCGGUACCCGCGCUGAUCUCCAGCAGCUAUUGUUGAUGUACUUCGGAGGAGUACUUCGCGCGAGUGUGUCCUAAAAUGAGCCCGUUUACAUAACAAAAAAAUAUUAAUCCAACCGUAGUGCCUGCUUCAGUGUGUGAGUUUGGUUCGGUGUACGCAAGUGGUCGUUGUGGUCAACGGGUGUAGGACCCGCAAGAAAGGUACAACAACACUACCACAACGUCGGCUAAGUUGCGCUGAUUCAGCUUAGCAGCGCAGAAGUGCACAUCUCGGAAACACCGAAAGAGAUGUGUGUCAGUCUCAACGAGAAGGUUAGCCGUUGAUUCAGAAAAGUGCAACUCUGUGUGGCUGUGUGCGUUACGAGGGGGCUACGCCGCGAUGAUCUGCGAAAUGUAGAAUUCGGUGAUCUACUUUUCCUGUGCGUGCUCAAGAGUGGCUUGCCAAAACGACGCCGAUCAAGGCAAAGUAGAAGAAGCUGUUCAGUGUUGCACCAUAAAUCUCGCGAGUGAAUCACGGCGACGGUGUAAACAGCCAAGAAUACGACGUCGACACAAAGGUCAUUGAGCGUGAAUGUUUCUAUUUCUUGGUACGCAGCGACGACCAGCAAGUCUGAAGAUCUGUGUUGUGUGUAGAUGUUAACCGAUGACGGCUGAGCAAGUUAAAGGGGUGUAAAUUAGCGAGAAAAAGAAAAAUACGCGAGACACACGAAGAAGACGAAGACGACGGCGCCUAUCAUCCUGAGCUACUUUAGGUGCAAGGUGAAGGAGCUGAGGCGCACGCGAGAUUAGAAGUGGGAGGUCCGCGGAGGAAGAGUUUUGAUUGGUGACACCCUGAUGGAAUAACAACUAUGACAUGGGAUCCUGUUCGAGACGACAUUUUUUGUUGUCAAUAUGCUUUCUGCAGUUGUUAUUCAUCAUCGAACGUCAGGUGUUUGACUUCCUCGGCUACAUGUGGGCACCGAUCCUGGUGAACUUUUUCCAUAUAAUAUUUGUGAUAUUUGGAUUCUUUGGUGCCUAUCAAUAUCGUCCAAAGUAUUUAGUAACGUACUCACUAUGGAAUCUGUUAUGGAUAGGAUGGAACGUAUUCCUAAUAUGUUUUUAUUUAAAUGUAGGACUGUUAGAUAGGGAUAGCGACUUAUUAAAUUUAGGAACCGGCAGCGUGUCAUGGUUCGAGGUCAACGGGUACGGCUGCAAGCCGACCUACCCGAUGAACAUCACCUCGGAGGACCCGUACCGGCCGGUGCGGCCCGAGCGCGUCGACGGGUGCCUGCUGGACUACCACAUACUGGAGAUUGGCCACUCCGGUGUGCAAUGCGCGCUAGCGCUUUUCGGGCUCUUCGGUGCCAUCUGUCUGGGGCAUACGUAUCUGGACGAGGACGAUAGCUUCGACUUUAUGGGAGGUGACGCGAAAAGCCCCCAGCACACGGCCGUGCAUCCGAUGUACGUGAGCUAUACAAGUUUGCCAACCACCACGAAUAGCGCCACCUCGACGCAGCUUAAGCAAGCGAAAGCUGCGGCGGCUUUGGCUGCCGUCACAACCACUGACACCGUCAUAACCGCCAACAACCACCACCUCCAUAACAAUAGUAGCUCGACCCAUUGCCUCAGUAACAGCUGCAACAACAGCAUCAACAACAACAACAACAAUUCUAGCGCUACUAAGCUCGGUGGUGUGAUCAAGUCGAUUAACGGUCACAACGGUGGCAAGGCUUCAUCCUCAAACACUAACACACUACUGUCCGUGUCAUCCACUUCAUCUCCGUCAUCGACUUUUACGCACUGUAACGGAAGCGGUGGUAGAGGUGGUCAGAACCACGAAACGCACGUUCCGUUGCACCAGCAGCCGUUGCCGCGACCUCUGAGUCGGAAUUCUAGCUUCAGCAACAACAAAACCCGCGGCCAGCUGCGGAAGAACAGCGCCAGCGCGAGCAGUGCCAGCAUCCGGUACCAGGACGUGAUACAGCAGGGUGACCACCAGCAGGUGAUCCGCAACAACGAGGACGAUACGUUCUUCAUCCCGAAGAGUGCCUCUUGUCGGAACAACUUUGGCAUCAGCAAUCCGUUCAACAACGUGAUCAUUUCCGGCGGACGGUACUACACGCGUAGUGGCGACACUGACAGUGUAACGCGCUUCGACGUGGACGACAGCGACAGCAGUCGACUGAUUACGGGCUCCUCGCAGCAACUGGCCGUGUCGACACCGCUCAAACGAAAUCCUUCGGUGACGUCCACCGGCAGCGGUGGCCCAGACUACCCACCCCCACCACGAAUAGCCAUGAGGCCCCUACCCACACCACCACCAGUGCCACCCUUGCCCACAUUCCAUCCCCAUCACCAACAACAAACGCCGCCCCAGCUGGACAGCCCCGGCGACACCUACCGAUUGCCAUACCAGUACGUUACCCGAUCUCCAAACCUAAACCGCAUCGCGCGACGAAACAACGCCAACCUAAUCAACAACAACAGCAACCCUGCCACCACAAGCAACUCCUCCUCGUCCUCCUCGAACCGACCCCGGGUCAUGAGCCCGCAGUACUGUGACCAGAUCCGAGGCGGCGCCGCCGCAAUAGACGCCUCAGCCGGUCCCCCCGGCUAUCCGGGCCACGAAAACAACAACUACCCGGUGGCGUCGCCACCGCUGGCGAUGAUGCACCGAGCCAAGUCGCAGGAUCGACUGGCGCACCGCAGCCGGAGGCCACGGGGCCAGUUUGGAGGGGCGAUCGGGCAUCACGGUCACGGUCAGCAGCAGCGGCCGCGCUCGUUCUGCAGCAAUAACGGAUCCUAUCUGGACUACAAUGUGAUCCUGGAGCAUCCGGGGAAUUAGGGAUAAAGCACGCGACACUCUCUAUGUUAAGAUUUUGUACUGUACUGUUAUGAGCUAUUUUUUUAUUGUUCUGGAUACACGCAGCUUCUCUUUUGGUUAUUUUGGAUGAUGUGCGCGUUGAAAUAGUGGAGUCGCCAAGUUACCUACUGGUAAAGGGACUAAAAAGGCAUUCAAAUGAAAUUUAUUGAAGGACAUUGUAUGUAACAUUAGGGUGUAACAUGCUACCCAUGUUCACAUAAAUGUCCCAUAUGCAAAAACAGCAAGCUGAGAAAAACGCAUUUGAAGUUUGUCCCAUACAUAAGGCUACGUGUUAAGUUUUCGCGAAAAAACUAGAUUUCCUCCUGA